AUGGCUUCUCGCGCCGCUGGACAGUUCCACUACUUUCGGUACAACGUCGGGGCGCCCGCUUUCCUCCACGAGAGACUCACUCUGCUGCCUGGGUACAUCCUUACCCCUGACGAUGAGGUAUAUGCUGAGAGCGAUUCGGCAGGUGGUGACUCGAGAGCUGUGCAUGACUCGGCGGGCCAAGGCGACGCGAUCGUCGGCGUCGCCGCCAACGAGCUCUACAAGUUCUGGCGGCAGCCGUCUGCAGCCGUCGCCUGGGCUGCUGCGCGGAGCUGCGUCGCCCAGGGCCAUGGGCCUCUGGCGCCUUCGCCCUUCAUCCUCGAGCUCAGCGCCGACAACGUGCUGGGCGUGGCGAAGGGGGUCCUGGCCGUGUUCGACCCGCUCGGAGCGGCCCCCGCCGCCGCAGCGCCUGGCGCCCUGGCCUUGGCUGGCGCGGCCGCGCCCCCCGCGGGCGCCCCUGGGCCGCCUGCCGCGUCUGCCGCUACGCCUGUGGGCGAGCUGGGCGCGCUGGCCGCGGCGCUCGGUGCGGGGGGGGCCGCCCUGCCUGCCGCCGCUGGCCCUCCGGGCGUCGGCGCCGCCGCCGCGGCCCCCGCGGCCCCGGGCGCCGCAGGGUCUGAUCCCCGCGUGCUGGCCACCGUCCUCGACGCGCGGGGGGUGCGGGACAUGCCUGUCAGGGGCGCUGUCAAGCGCCAGACCGAGACCCCGCGCGCCGACUGGCCCGCGAAGGGCCUGACGACCACGAUGCGGGUGCUCCACUUCAUGCUCCGCAUGGCGGGCGGGGCGACGGCGUGGCUCAACCGCUGGAUGGCCAUAAAGCAGGCCUCAGAGACGGACGACGCCGACAGGCUGUGCGAGACGCUGCGCCGUGUCGUCGAGACCUCGCGCUGCCGCGACCAGCUGAUCAUCUGCGAGCUGUCUUCCUACGAGGUCGUAUCGCGGCAGCUGCUGACGAUUGGCCACUUCCUCGGCACUGGAGACACGAUGGGCAAUUCGUGCAUUUUCCCACCCGUAAUGGAUUGGAUCGCCGAGCAGAUGAAGACCAUGACGUUCCCGAAGGGCGCUGGUCAGGAGGGGCCUCACGACGCGCCACCUGCCCGUAAGCCUGGCCAGCUCAGCCCCGAGCCCGUGACCAUCGCCAGCGUGACGUUUUUCCGCUUCCUCUUCUUCCAGUGGAUGGGCGUCGCCAUCUUCCGCUUGGUCGUGGGGCUCGUCUGCGCGCCGCCAAAGGCAGCCUCCGUGGACUACGUCGCGGGCUUGCACCGCGACUUCGAGCUGCCCGCCGCCUACUCGGAGAGAGGCCGCGAUUGCGAAGCAUCCCCCGUAGAGAUGCUCGCGCAGGCACCUUGCUACGCUGGUGACAGCGGCCGAGUGCGCCCCCACAGCAUGCCGCUUGUGGCCUGGCCCGAGUCGACGAAGGCAGUCUCCACCUGCGGCGUCGUCUCCGAGGCCGACUCCAUCGUGCUGCAGGAUUGGAGGCAGAGUGUGCUGAAUCCCGAGUCGGUGGCGGCGGAGCUGCGCGAUUCGCUGGGGGUUAUCCGCCCCUAUGUGGAUCCUGAGCUGCGUUUUAAGCCGAAGUCCUACGCUGAGUUUUUGAAGCAGCUGGAGGCCCACGGCGUGAUCACCUGGCGGGUCUCCAGCGAACCGGCAUCCUUCUCUACUGGUCUCUUCCUCGCGCAGAAAUCAAACGGCAAGCUGAGGUUGGCGUUCGACACCAGGCGCGACGUUCUGAGCAUCUUUAACGCGGUCUAUCGGUUCAUGGGGGCUGUGGGACCUCAUCCUGGACCCCUGUGGCCCUCGGUCGUCAGGGAGUUGUCGGCUGCCGUGGCCCUCAUCCCGCUCUGGAGUGCCUCUACAAGGUCGGCCGAGUCGCCGAACGCUGGAGAUAUCGUCAUGGGGAUGCCGUACUUGCCAGAUCACAUGCCCUUGGCGUCGACGGUCAAGACGAUGCUGCCGACGGAGGUGAUCAAGGCUUCGAGGGCCAGGCGGGAACAUCCUGGUCCGCUGACGCUCCUGCGGGGCGGACUGUCGGUGCUGGAGGCCAGCGCGGUCUCGGAGUCGACGGGCAAGAACUACCACGCCUCCGCCCUCAGGUUUCUGAACUGGUGCCUCUGGGCCGCCAGGGACUUCAAGAACAGCGUCGAGCUCGACACGAUCCUCGUGGUGUUCUUCGUCCACCUCUUCCUCGACGGGUACGACAGUGCGACGGGCCGCGUCGCGAUGGCCUCUCUGAAGCACCAUCUGCCGUCGAUGCUGAUGGGCAGCCGCCCGCUGCCACGGGCCUUUCGGGCCCUUCAGGGUUGGACGAAGCUCGUGCCGCCGCAGAUGAGGCUGCCGCUGCCGAGGGUCGCGAUGUUCGCCAUCGUGGACGUGCUGCUGUCUCAGGGGCUUUUGUCGCAGGCGGUCUUCGUGAGGAUCGCGUUCGACGCGCACCUCCGCCCCGGCGAGGCCUACCGUCUCACGGCGGCCUCCCUGAUCGCGCCGAGGUCGGGCGCCACGGAGGGCAACCAGCACUGGGCUCUGUUGGUGAACGACGCGGCGAGCGGGGGGCCUGGCAAGACGGGGGUCACCGACGAGAGCGUCAUCGUCGACGAUCCUCUCCUCUGGCCUCUCCUCGAGGCGCUUCGGCAAGGACGCCGCGCGGAGGAGAGCCUCUGGGCCUUCGCGCCGCACCAGCUGCGGCGCGCUUUCGCGGAGGCCCUGGUCCAGGUCGGGAUCUCCGACCAGCAGACCUCCCUCUACUCGCUGCGCCACGGGGGGGCCUCCGACGACCUCCUCUCGGGUCGCCGCGCGAGGAAGGAGGUCAAGGACCGCGGCAGGUGGAGGGCGGACCAGUCUCUGAACAGGUACGCCAAGCGGGCGCGCAUGCAGCAGCGGCUGGGUCAGCUCGACCCCGCGCUGGCCGACUUCGGGCAGAAGGUCGAGAGCGAUCUGCUGGGCCUGAUGGACGUGAUGGCGAGGACGGGCAUCUUCUCGCUGCCGCUGCCGCCCCUCAGGCCGGUGUCGGCGUCGGCGCCGGUGCAGGCGCCUCCCGCGAUGACCGACAAGUGGCUCUUCGUGUGA